AUGUACCAGUCUGAACCAGAACUGAUGGAGGACAGCCAGAGCCCUCCUUCAACGCCUCAAGAGCUGUCCCCAGCAGCCUUCAUCAACGCAAUACAAUACGCCAAUGUGUUGGAGGGCAGGUUCAAGCAGCUUCAAGAUGAGCGAGAGGCCGUGCAGAAGAAAACCUUCACCAAAUGGGUCAACUCUCACCUGGCCCGAGUUACCUGCCGUAUCAGUGACCUUUACAGUGACUUGCGGGAUGGACGGAUGCUGCUGCGCCUGCUGGAAGUGCUCUCGGGGGAGCAGCUGCCCAAACCAACCAAAGGCCGUAUGCGCAUCCACUGCCUGGAGAACGUGGAUAAGGCCCUGCAGUUUUUGAAGGAGCAGCGCGUCCAUCUGGAGAACAUGGGCUCCCAUGACAUCGUCGAUGGCAACCACCGCCUGACUCUGGGCCUCAUCUGGACCAUCAUUCUCCGCUUCCAGAUCCAGGACAUCAGUGUGGAAACGGAGGACAACAAAGAGAAGAAAUCGGCCAAGGAUGCCUUGCUGCUUUGGUGUCAGAUGAAAACAGCUGGGUACCCAAAUGUGAAUGUCCACAAUUUCACCACCAGCUGGAGGGACGGACUGGCUUUCAAUGCAAUCGUCCACAAACACAGGCCAGACCUAAUAGACAUUGAUACCCUGAAGAAAUGCAACGCUCACUAUAACCUCCAGAAUGCCUUCAACAUUGCUGAAAAGGAGUUGGGUCUGACCAAACUCUUGGAUCCUGAAGAUGUGAACGUGGACCAGCCUGACGAAAAGUCCAUCAUUACUUACGUGGCUACCUACUACCACUACUUCUCUAAGAUGAAAGCCCUUGCCGUGGAAGGGAAACGGAUUGGGAAGGUGCUAGACUAUGCCAUUGAAGCAGACAAGCUGAUCGAGAAGUACGAGACGCUGGCCUCCGACCUUCUGCAGUGGAUUGAACAGACCAUCCUGACACUGAAUGACAGAAAGCUGGCCAAUUGCUUGAGCGGAGUGCAGAAUCAGUUGCAGGCCUUUAACACUUACCGUACUGUUGAGAAGCCGCCCAAGUUCACAGAGAAGGGGAAUCUGGAAGUUUUGCUUUUCACCAUCCAGAGUAAGAUGAGAGCCAACAACCAGAAGGUUUAUACGCCUCGAGAGGGGAGGCUCAUCUCUGACAUUAACAAGGCCUGGGAGCGUCUGGAGAAAGCCGAGCAUGAGCGAGAGCUGGCCUUGCGCAACGAACUGAUUCGGCAGGAGAAGUUGGAGCAGCUGGCAGCACGAUUUGACCGGAAAGCAGCCAUGCGUGAGACCUGGCUGAGCGAGAACCAGCGCCUGGUCUCCCAGGAUAAUUUUGGAUCAGACAUUUCGGCAGUGGAGGCAGCAGUGCGGAAACAUGAGGCUAUCGAGACGGACAUCGUGGCCUACAGCGAGCGUGUGUCAGCUGUCAAUGCCGUGGCGGCUGAGCUGGAGGCAGAGGGCUACCACGACAUCAAGCGGGUGCUGGCACGCAAGAACAAUGUGGCCAGGCUCUGGGAUUACCUGCGGGAGCUUGUGGCUGCCCGCCGGGAGCGCCUGCUGCUCCAUUUUGAGCUGCAGAAGAUGCUCCAAGACUUGGCCUACCUCAUGGAUUGGCUGGAAGAGAUGAAGGGCCGCCUUCAGUCUCAGGACUUCGGAAAACAUUUGCUUGGGGUGGAGGACCUGCUGCAGAUCCAUGCUCUGGUGGAGGCUGACAUCGCCGUCCAGGCUGAGAGGGUGAAAGCAAUCAGUGCUGCUGCCCAGCGGUUUGCUGCUCCUGGAGAAGGAUACAAAGCCUGCGAGCCCCACGUAGUUCAGGAUCGGGUGGUAACAUUGGAACGGUGCUAUCGGGAGCUGGUGGCACUGGCGGCUCAGCGGCGUGCCAAACUGGAGGAGUCGCGCCGCCUUUGGAAGUUCUUCUGGGACAUGGGCGAGGAGGAGGCCUGGAUCCGUGAGCAGAGCCAGAUCCUGUCGUCCGAUGACUUCGGCAAAGACUUGACGAGCGUGCUGCGCCUCACCAGCAAGCACAACGCCUUCUGUGAUGAGAUGAGCGGCCGCGCCGGCCCGCUGCAACAGACGGUCUCGGAGGGCCGCCAGCUGGUCGCCGAAGGCCACUUUGGGGCUGCCGAGGUGGCCGAGCGCAUCCGGGAGAUCGAAGAGCAGUGGGAGCAGCUGGAGGCCCUGUCGAGUGAACGGGAGCGCCGCCUCCAACAGGCCUCCAACCUCUACCAGUUCCAGGCAGAUGCCAAUGACAUGGAGGCCUGGCUCCUGGACGCCCUCCGCUUGGUAUCCAGCUCAGAGGUAGGCCACGAUGAAUACUCGACCCAGAGCCUGGUGAAGAAGCACAAGGAAGUGGAGGAGGAGAUUCACAACCAUCGCCCUGCCCUGGAUGCCCUGCACGAGCAGGCCCGAAGCCUACCACCUGCCUUUGCCCAUUCCCCUGAAGUGGACGGCCGUCUGCCUGCACUGGAGCAGCGCUACGAGGAGCUGGUCACCUUGGCUGAGCAUCGUAAGCAAGCCCUGCAGGAUGCCCUCAAUCUCUACAAGAUGUUCAGCGAAGCAGAUGCUUGUGGGCUCUGGAUUGGCGAAAGGGAGUACUGGAUCGAGACGAUGGAUGUCCCGGAGAAGCUGGAAGACCUUGAAGUGGUUCAGCAAAGGUUUGAGACGCUGGAGCCAGAGAUGAACAACCUGGCUUCUCGCAUUGCGGCUGUGAAUGAGAUUGCCAGCUGUCUUUUGGGCACUGACCAUAGGAACAAGGACAGUAUCCAGGGCACUCAGGAGCAGCUCAAUACCAGGUGGCAGCAGUUCCAAACCCUGGCCAGCCGCAAGAAGGAAGCUUUAACCUCAGCGCUCAGCAUCCAGAACUACUACCUGGAGUGCAAUGAGACCAAGGCUUGGAUGCGGGAGAAAACCAAGGUGAUUGAAUCCACCCAGGGCUUGGGCAACGACCUUGCAGGUGUCAUGGCACUGCAGCGCAAGCUGGCGGGCAUGGAGCGGGACCUGGAGGCCAUCCAGGGCAAAGUACAGGACCUGCGCGAAGAGGAAACCCGCCUGGCAGACCAGCACCCGGAACAGGCCACUGCCAUUUUGGACCGCUUAUCGGAGGUUGAUGGGACCUGGGAUGAGCUGCGGGAGACCAUGCGGCACCGUGAGGAGUCACUGGGAGAGGCCAGCAAGCUGCAGGCUUUCCUGCGCGACCUGGACGACUUCCAAGCGUGGCUCUUGCGCACUCAGACAGCCAUUGCCUCGGAAGACGUGCCAGCUACUCUACCGGAGGCAGAGUGCCUGUUGAGCCAGCACGAAACCAUCCGCAACGAGGUGGAUCACUACAAGGGCGACUACCGGCGUCUGCGCGCCAUUGGGGAGGAGGUGACACAAGGCCACACUGAUGCGCAGCACAUGUUCCUGCAGCAGCGCCUUCAGGCCCUCGACACUGGCUGGAACGAGCUUGGACAGAUGUGGGAGAACCGGCACCAGCUGCUCUCACGUGCCUACGGGUUCCAGAUCUUCUUGAGGGACACCAAGCAGGUGGAAGGGGUGCUAAGCAACCAGGAAUACGUGCUGACUCACACAAGCAUGCCUAGCUCCCUACAAGCUGCCGAGGCUGCCAUUAAAAAGCACGAGGAUUUCAUGAGUACCAUGGAGGCCAACGGCGAGAGGAUCAAGGGGCUGGUGGACUCAGGGCGGAAGCUCAUCAUGGAGGACAGCCUCCACGCUGACAAGGUCCAGGAGAAGGUCAAUUCCAUUGACAGCAGGCACAGGAAAAAUCAGGAAGCAGCCCAAGACCUGCUUGCCAGACUCCGCGACAAUCGGGAGUUGCAACACUUUCUGCAAGACUGCCAAGAGCUCACCCUGUGGAUCAAUGAGAAGAUGCUCUCUGCUCAGGACAUGUCGUACGACGAAGCCCGGAACCUCCACACCAAGUGGCAGAAACAUCAGGCCUUCAUGGCGGAGCUGGCGUCUAACAAGGGCUGGCUGGAGAAGAUCCAGAAGGAAGGUCAGCAGCUGACGGCAGAGAAGCCAGAGCACAAGCCUGUGGUGAAGGCCAAACUGGAUGGCUUGCAGCAGCUCUGGGAGGAGCUGGAGGCCAGCACCCAAACCAAGGCCCAGUGCCUAUUUGACGCCAACCGUGCCGAACUCUUCACACAGAGCUGCUCUGCUCUGGAAGCCUGGGUGAGCGGAUUGCAGGCCCAGCUGCACUCGGACGACUAUGGCAAGGAUCUGACCAGUGUCAACAUUUUGCUCAAGAAACAGCAGAUGCUGGAGAAUCAGAUGGGCGUUCGUGAGAAGGAGGUGGAAGGCCUCAAAGCCCAGGCAUUAGCCCUCAGCCAGGAGGACUCCAAUACCGUGGAGGUGGAUGGCAAACUGCAGGCAGUGGAGAACAAGUUUGCGGAGCUGAGGGCACCGCUGCGAGAGCGUUGCGAGAAGCUGCUGGACUCCAAGGAAGAGCACCAGUUCAACCGGGACCUGGAGGAUGAAAUCUUGUGGGUGAAAGAAAGGAUGCCCAUGGCAGUUUCCACCGACCACGGCAAAGAUCUUCCCACUGUGCAGCUGCUGAUUAAGAAGAAUCAGACCCUGCAGAAGGAGAUCCAGGGUCACCAGCCACGUAUAAACGACAUCGUGGGGCGGUGGCAGGGGCUGGCGUGCAGUGGCCUGGAAGCAGAGCUGCAGGGCCGUGUGGAGGCAUUGCAGGAAAUGUGGCAAGAGCUGCAGAAACAGGUGGAGCUGCGGCACGCGCGCCUGGAACAAGCACAGAUGGCCCAGCAGUUCUACUUCGAUGCCGCAGAGGCAGAGGCCUGGAUGGGCGAACAGGAGCUGCACAUGAUAUCAGAGGAUAAAGCAAAGGAUGAGCUGAUUGCCCAGGCCAUGGUGAAGAAGCAUCUGGUGAUGGAGCAGGCCUUGGAAGACUAUGCCCAGACCAUCCACCAGCUCUCCAUCCAGAGUCGUGAAAUGGUAAACAACGGGCACCCUGAGAGUGAGCGGAUCACCCUCCGGCAGGGCCAAGUGGACAAGCUUUACGCCAGCUUGAAGGACCUGGCUGAGGAGCGCCGUGCCAAGCUUCAGGAACAUCUCCGCCUGUGCCAGCUGAAGCGGGAGGUGGAUGACCUGGAACAGUGGAUCUCGGAGCGGGAGGUCGUGGCAGCCUCCCAUGAGCUCGGGCAGGACUACGAGCACGUCACAAUGCUGCGGGACAAGUUUCGGGAAUUCUCACGUGACACCAGCACCAUUGGCCAGGAGCGGGUGGAUGGUGUUAACCGGCUGGCGGAUGACAUGAUCUCCUCUGGUCACUCUGAAAACGCCACCAUUGCCGAGUGGAAGGACAGCCUCAACGAGGCCUGGGCAGACCUCCUGGAACUCAUCGACACCCGGAGCCAGAUGCUGGCCGCAUCUUAUGAGCUACACCGGUUCUACCAUGAUGCUCGUGAGACCCUGAGCCAGGUCCAGAACAAACAGAAGCAGCUUCCUGACGAGGUGGGGCGUGACCUCAACACCGCUGAAGCCAUGCAGCGGAUGCACAGCGCUUACGAGCAUGACAUCCAGGCGCUCAGCACCCAGGUAAAGCAGGUGCAGGACGAUGCGGCACGGCUGCAGAAGGCCUACGCGGGUGAGAAAGCGGACGACAUCCGGAGGCACGAGCAAUCCGUAAGCGAGGCUUGGGCUGACCUGCUCAGUAGCAGCAAUGGCCGCCGGCAGCUGCUUCUUGACACGGUUGACAAGUUCCGUUUUUUCCGCAUGGUGCGUGACCUGCUGCUUUGGAUGGAUGGAGUCAACCUCCAGAUAGAUGCUCAGGAGAAGCCCAGGGAUGUGUCAGCUGCUGACUUGGUCAUCAAGAACCACCAAGGAAUCAAGGCUGAAGUUGAAGCCCGGACUGACAGCUUCAACGCUUGCAUUUCCAUGGGCAAUGAGUUGCUAGCCAAGGGCCACUAUGCCUCUGACAAGAUUACAGAGAAGUUGACCCAACUUCAGGACCGGCGCAGGGAGAUCAAUGACAAAUGGCGGGAGAAGAUGGACUGGUUACAAAUAGUCAUGGAAGUGCUGAUGUUUGGACGGGACGCCAGCAUGGCCGAGGCAUGGCUCGCCAGCCAGGAGCCGAUUGUACGCUCUUCCGAGUUGGGCGGCAACGUGGAUGAGGUGGAGAAUCUCAUCAAGCGCCAUGAGGGCUUCCAGAAAUCGGUUGCCGCCUGGGAGGAGCGCUUCCUCGCGCUGGAGAAGCUAACCACGCUGGAAGAGAAUGAGCGUCGCCAGCGGGAGCAGGAAGAAGAGAGGAAAAGGAGGUCCGUGACACCACCCCUGCCAGAACCUGUAGCCACAGUGCCACAGAGCCAGCCUCUGGACAGACAGCAUGCCCCAAGCAACAGCCACGACAACAGGAGUCCAGGAGAGCGAGGUCUGUCAUUGGAGUUGCCAUCUCUGAAUGGGAUUGACCCUGAUUCUGAGUCUCCCCAGAUGUCUGAGACGUCAGGGACUGUGAAUGGGUCACGGCUGGACUCCGUGUCCAAGGGAAAGGAGCCCAGCCCAGUUCCAUCACCCAAACUCCGCCCCAAGCUGACUGCCCUUGGCACUGAUCCUGCUCAGUCAGCCACACUGCCCUUGCGAAUGCCGGAUUCCUCAGCCUCGGAACAGAUGGAGGGGAUGCUGUGUCGAAAGCAGGAAAUGGAGUCACAUAGCAAAAAAGCAGCCAACAGAUCCUGGCAGAACAUCUUUUGCAUUGUGCGGAGGGGUAGCCUGGGCUUCUACAAGGACAGCAAGUAUGCUAGCAACGGCAUCCCUUACCAUGGCGAGGUGCCCGUCAGUUUGCAGGGGGCACAGUGUAACGUUGCCUUGGACUACAAGAAGCGCAAGCAUGUCUUCAAGCUUGGGUUAAAUGAUGGCAAAGAAUAUUUAUUCCAGGCUAAGGAUGAGGCUGAGAUGAGCAGCUGGAUGCGAGUCAUCAAUGCCGCAGCCACCUCCGCCCCAACGCCGCAAGGGCUUGCAGAGGAACAGCCGCCACUCAUCAGUAAAGGAAUGACACGCACCCUGAGCAUGCCCCCCGUGUCCCCCAACAGCGGCCCCGAAGGGACCGUCACGCUGCGUAGCAAAGAGACCAAGGAAAAGGACCGUGAGAAGCGCUUCAGCUUUUUCAAGAAGAACAAAUAGGAGUCCCAUGUGGGGAACGGGUGGG